CUCAAACUUGACUCGGAAGCUAGACACUUCUUCACCUGAAACCCACUGUAAAAGAGUGAAAAUGGCAUCAGUGUCAUCCAGCUCUCAUCUCAACAAAACUGUGCGGCAGCAGUACAUGAGCCUGCCUCAAGGACAGAAAUGCCAGGUCACCUACAUCUGGAUUGAUGGCACUGGAGAGACACUUCGGAACAAGACGAGAACUCUAGACACAGAACCAAAAAGCAUAGAAGAAAUACCUGAGUGGAACUUUGAUGGCUCAAGCACCUACCAGGCCGAAGGCUCCAACAGUGACAUGUACCUCAUCCCGGUCUGCAUGUUCAGGGAUCCAUUCAACCUUGACCCCAAUAAACUGGUUCUCUGUGAGGUCCUGAAGUACAACCGUUUACCUGCUGAAACUAACCACAGAGCAAGCUGCAACAAAGUGAUGGAAAAGGUCAAAGAGCACCAUAUUUGGUUCGGUAUGGAACAGGAGUACACACUUCUGGGAACAGAUGGACAUCCAUUUAGCUGGCCUCCAAAUGGAUUCCCAGCACCCCAAGGUCCUUACUACUGUGGGGUGGGGGCCAACAGUGCUUAUGGAAGGGACAUUGUGGAGUGCCACUACAAGGCCUGCCUCUAUGCUGGGAUCAAAAUCUGCGGUACUAAUGCUGAAGUUAUGCCAUCUCAGUGGGAAUACCAGGUGGGCCCCUGUGAGGGCAUCGAGAUGGGGGACCAUUUGUGGGUCUCACGUUUCCUUUUGCACCGUGUCUGUGAAGAUUUCGGGGUUGUAGCAACUCUGGACCCCAAACCCAUGAAGGGCAACUGGAAUGGGACUGGUUGCCACACAAAUGUCAGCACCAAGGAGAUGAGGGAAGAAGGAGGACUGCAGUACAUUGAGAAGGCUAUCGAUAAGCUGGGGAAAAAGCACCCUGAGCACAUUCGUGUGUACGACCCUCAUGAAGGCAAGGACAACAUCAGGCGCCUCACAGGUCUCCACGAAACCUCCAGCAUCCACGACUUCUCUGCUGGAGUGGCCAAUCGAGGUGCCAGCAUCCGCAUCCCACGGCAGGUGGGGCAAGAGAAGAAAGGGUACUUUGAGGACCGCCGUCCCGCAGCAAACUGUGACCCGUAUGCAGUGACGAAGGCCAUCGCCAUAACCUGCCUAUUGGAAGAAGAAGAAAAAGGAGCCAAGUAGUAGAAAAGUGCUGCCUUUUUU